AUGGCUGAUCUACAAUUUUAUUAUGAUCAAACAAAAUUUGCAAUAAUAAAUAUUCGUAUUAAUCGUGGUGAUAUUAUCGUACGAACUAAAGAUGAUGAAUUAAGUCUUAUAUCAAGUGAAUUGAUCAUUCUAACACUAACACUUCAUCAAUUAUCUAAAACUCGUUUGUGUCAGAGAUAUCUUGAUUUAAUGAUAAAUGAUUCUGUUCGACAAAAAUUUAUUGUUAAAAUAAAAAUAAUUAAUUAUAUACGACAAUUUAUGACAACAAUACUUACUCGACGUUUAACAUCGAAUAUUUCAUUGACUAAUAAUCGACAAUUUUGGAGUUGGCUUAAUUAUGUUUGGAACAGAUAUGAUCGAAAACGUGUUCAAGAAAUUGGUCCUGAUCGUGCUUGUGCUGAAUGGUUAUUACGAUGUAGUGGUUCAGUACGAUUUAAAAAUUGGACUUCAAUAACAUCAGAUUAUAAUGCAAUACCAAGUGGUGGUCCAGGACAAUGUAAACUCGAAGAAAUUCGUGCUAUUAAAGCUUGUAUUACAUCUGAUGGUUUUGCUUAUUUAGAUGGAUUAACUGAUUUAAAAAAAAUUCAUUUAGAAAAAUGUGAUCAAGUUGGUGAUGGUUCGAUUAUACGAUUUAAAAAAGUUAAUGAUACAUUAGAAUCUAUAGCAUUAAUUGAUCUUGUUCAAAUAAGUGACAAUGGUCUUAGUAAUUUAAGUGAUUUAAAAAAUUUAAAACAAAUCAUUUUGGCACGUUUACCCGGUAUUAAAAAUCGUGAAGGAAUAAUUAAAUUAUUACAUAAUGAAUUACCAAAAUGUACUGUUAAUUAUGAUGAUGAUUAUCCACCUGCUCCUGAACUUAAAGAUAAAUGA